AUGCUUCGGUUCACUCAUAGGGCUCUAACAGCUACUCCCGAACGCUUCUCCGUGCUAGGUACGACGCAUCCCAAACCCAAACGCACUGGCUUUGGUCGUAACAACAAAAUGCGCUCGAAACCUAGUGACAAUGUAGCGUGGUAUGACAAAGGCCCGGUUGAGUGGCUCCCUCGCCCUGUUAGACUUACUUAUGACCAUCUUGAUCAACUCCAGCAGUGGAUGAUGCGUGCUACGCUUGACGGGCGAACGGAGGAGUUUAAUCGCAUCCGGGACCUUCACCGCGAGUGGUCGCAGCACCCGCUCAUGCCAGUUCUGGGCGAUGUGGAGCCAAAGUUUCCCCUCAACUUAUUCAAGCAAAAUCACAGAGCGAAGAAGCGUUUCUUGGUGCGGUGGCAUAAAGCUAAUACACCAGCGAAUUGGCUGUGGAUGCCACGCGGCCCGACGGUUGUCACCCCUCUGCACCGCACCAACCCAACGCAGUACCCGGAAAAUUGGAAGCAAAUGGUGCAGAGAAAGUCUGGAACAGGCACCCCUUCGUGA